UCAAGAAUUGGGGCUUCACAAUUACUAGCCAAUAUUUAUCUCAUGCCUUUCCUCGUUCAUGGUUCGAUAUUCUGGUGUCCUAGGCGUAGAGGAACCACACCAAUCCAUCCCGAAUUUGGUGGUUAAACUCUACUGCGGUGACGAUACUGUAGGGGAGGUCCUGCGGCAAAAUAGCUCGAUGCCAGAAUGAUAAAAAGCUUAACACCUCUUAUUUGACUUUUUCACUAUUUUGAAAUAAGAAAAAGAUCCAAAUCUAAAAUGCAAAGAUCGUCUUAUUCAAAACCUCAAUCAUCACAUCCCCUCUCUCCCACUUCACACCUCGGAACGCACUGUUCUUAUAGAGAGAAAGGCGCUUUCCCAUCUUCUUAACCUGAAAUGAAGGGGUACCCCCGGGAAGAGAUCCAGUGGAGACAGCUGGGCCUGUAGCUCAGAGGAUUAGAGCACGUGGCUACGAACCACGGUGUCGGGGGUUCGAAUCCCUCCUCGCCCACAGCCUUCCAAAGGGGGAAGGGCCUUUACUUUCCCCCUGAGGGUAGGAAAAUCAUGAUCGGGAUAGCGGACGUAAAGCUAUUGAACUUAGGUAUGCUCUUUCCUUUUGUCGAAGUGGAAUCGUAGAACAGAAUGUGAUACGAUGAGAUAGAAUGCAAUAGAAAUAGAAACAAGGAUAGCGAACGGGUUACCUACUCCUAAGGGUCAAAGCAAGCCCUUUAAUUCAAUUCUUUAUUCUUACAUUAAAAUUCUUACAUUAAAGAAUGAAUAAAAUCUCCCCAAGUAGGAUUCGAACCUACGACCAGUCAGUUAACAGCCGACCGCUCUACCACUGAGCUACUGAGGAACAAGGGGGGAUUCGACCUCCUAGAGUUCAACUCCCGCUCUCAACCCAUGAACAAUAUGAGUCCGAAGCUUCUUUCGUAACUCCCAUAAUUUCUUCGUAGUGGCUCCGUUCCAUGCCUCAUUUCAUAGGGAAGCCCAAAGUGGCUCUAUUUCAUUCUAUUUCACUUCCUAGCACUUCCUAUCAUUUAAUAUCCAUCCCUUUGGUCUUAUUGACAUAAGAGAUGUCAUUUAUAGUCUAUCUCUUUCUAUAUAUGGAAAGUCAAGAAAUUCUCAUCGAAACAUCGAGAAAUUGUGCAUAUAGAAAACUCUAAAGAAAGAAAAAAAGGAGACCCAUGCCAUGAUUUUCAAAUCUUUUCUAUUUAGUAGUCUAAGUUUCUCGAUGAGGAUAAUUAAUUCGGUCGUUGUGGUCAGACUCUAUUAUGGAUUUCUGACUACAUUCUCCAUAGGUCCCUCUUAGAUCUUCUUUCUCCAAUCUUGGAUUAGGGAAGAAGGAGAUAUUUGCGACUACUGGCGGUUUCAUUAUGGGGCAGCUCAUGAUCUUCAUAUCGAUCUAUUAUCCACCUCUGUAUCUAUUCUUUCUUAGCUAAACAGGUGGAAGAUCUAUCCAAUUUGGUUAUAUUAUAUCAUGGACUCGAAAAACGGAUCUGAAUUUGACUGAAAUGCACGAUCUUCACAGGUAUCACUUUUCACGAUACCUAAAAGGUGGAAUAGCGAUUUUCGAACCAUUUCCUAUAAGAGAAUGGUUUCCAUUACUUUGAGAAAUGGAUUCUUAUAUCAAACUAUAGCUAUUGCAUUAAAGAAGAAAAGAAACUAAUAGAAGUCGAAGACGCGGAAUGAUAGUGAAUAGAGAGAAAGAUUCUUCUGAUUUUCUUGUUCCUGAAAAUAUUCUAUCUAUCUACUAGACGCCGUAGAGAAUUUAGAAUAUUUAUGUCUUUCAAUUCUCGUACUCGUAAUUGGAAAGUUAUGGAAGGAGACCCAUCAUUUUGCAAUGAAAACAACAUAUAAAACUCUGGACAAUUUCGAAAUCAGGCCAAGCGUCUUAAUACAUAUGCAAAAAAAUUCAUUAUUGGCCCACCAUUGAUUAGAAGAUUUAGCUUGUAUGAAUCGCUAUUGGUUUGAUACGAAUAAUGGCAAUCGUUUCAGUAUGUUAAGGAUACAGAUGUAUCCACAAUUCAUUUAGAGUUACUUAAUAGUCUAUUUCUUAUACCAUAUCUCUAUCCCGUGAAAUCUCGAGCCAAAAGAUGGAUGCCUAUGCUGUGUUUCAUUUUGCUAAAUGAUAUCAAUUAAAUGGUGUAUCAAUUCCAUAAAUUGCAUAUAGCAAUAAAUAAAUCAGCAAAAUUCUUUCUACUAUAUUUAGAUAGAAGAAACAUUUCUUCUAUCUAAAAUAGUAGAAAGAAUGUACCCUUCUAUCCAAAUCCAAUUUGCAUCGAUAAAAAAAAAUCCAAAUUCCAGUAGUAGAUGAAUAAUUGCAAAUUUGUGUGUGUACGAGAUUAGAAUAACUUCAAAAUAACUGACAUAAUUUUUUAUUUUUCCUGAUCAGAAAAAUACAUGAAAAAGAAAGGAGGUAGAAAAAUUUUAGGAUUUAUGGUUAAAGAAGAAAAAGAAGAAAACAGGGGUUCUGUUGAAUUUCAAGUAUUCAGUUUCACCAAUAAGAUACGGAGACUUGCUUCACAUUUGGAAUUACACAAAAAAGAUUUUUCAUCGGAAAGAGGUCUACGAAGACUUUUGGGAAAACGUCGACGUUUGCUGGCUUAUUUGGCAAAGAAAAAUAGAGUACGUUAUAAGAAAUUAAUCGGUCAGUUGAAUAUUCGGGAGCAGUAAUUUAAUCCUUCAAAUUUUUUUCUUGUUUUAUUAUUUUUUUAGUAGUCUUUAUAGUAGUCUUAGAUUUUUCAUUUUGAUGAGCCUCACUUUGAGGAAUUCAUGGAAUAAUCCAUUUUCAUGGAAUAAUGAAUUAAGGAAGAAAGGAUAUGAGUCUACCGCUUACAAAAAAAGAUCUCAUGAUAGUCAAUAUGGGCCCUCAACACCCAUCAAUGCAUGGUGUUCUUCGACUGAUCGUUACUCUUGAUGGUGAGGAUGUUAUUGAUUGUGAACCCAUAUUAGGGUAUUUACACAGAGGAAUGGAAAAAAUCGCGGAAAACCGAACGAUUAUACAAUACUUACCUUAUGUAACAAGAUCUAACAGUUCAAGUACAGUUGAUAUAGUUGAAGCACAGUCAAAAUAUGGUUUUUUUGGAUGGAAUAUUUGGCGUCAGCCUAUAGGCUUUCUGGUUUUUUUAAUUUCUUCUUUGGCAGAAUGUGAAAGAUUACCCUUUGAUUUACCAGAAGCAGAGGAAGAAUUAGUAGCAGGUUACCAAACUGAAUAUUCCGGUAUCAAAUAUGGUUUAUUUUAUCUUGUUUCUUACCUAAAUUUAUUAGUUUCUUCUUUAUUUGUAACAGUUCUCUACUUGGGCGGGUGGAAUUUCUCUAUUCCCUAUAUAUCCUUUUUUGAUUUUUUCCAAAUGAAUAAAGCAGUUGGAAUUUUGGAAAUGACAAUGGGUAUAUUUAUUACAUUAACUAAAGCUUAUUUAUUUCUCUUCAUUUCUAUCACAAUAAGAUGGACUUUACCAAGGAUGAGAAUGGAUCAGUUAUUAAAUCUUGGAUGGAAAUUUCUUUUACCUAUUUCCCUGGGCAAUCUAUUAUUAACAACCUCUUCUCAACUUGUUUCACUAUAAAUAAGAUAAUACAAUAAUAGAUAGUAAGAAUAUUUUCAACACAAAAGCUCUCCCAAACAAGAGAAAGAAACAUAUCUUUUUCAUAGAUAUUUAGAAUGAAUAUGUUCCCUAUGGUAACUGGGUUCAUGAGUUAUGGUCAACAAACAAUACGUGCUACAAGGUACAUAGGUCAAAGUUUCAUAACUACCUUAUCCCACACAAAUCGUUUACCUAUAACGAUUCACUACCCUUAUGAAAAAUCAAUUACACCAGAGCGUUUCCGAGGGCGAAUCCACUUUGAAUUUGAUAAAUGUAUUGCUUGUGAAGUAUGUGUUCGCGUAUGUCCGAUAGAUCUACCCGUUGUGGAUUGGAGAUUUGAAAA